AUAUAAUUUUUUUGUUAAGAGUGAUAACAUGACAUCUUAAUUGAGCUUUGUUUGUGAUUGCAUGAUUUUUCAAAUUUUUAUAUUUUUGUUAUUUUUUUUUAUCAUUUAAUAAAGUAAAAUAAUUUAGUUAAAAAAAUAAUAGUCUUUUUAUUUUUUUUAUAAUACAUAUUCUAUUCUUUUCAAAAAUAAUAAUAAUAAAUAAAUAAAGAAGAGAGAAGUGAUAUAAUUUACAGGCUCUCAUUAAUAUAUUAUUGUUCUUAACUUUUUCUAUUAAAGUUAUGAUUAUAAAUAUUACUAGUUAGGUUCCACUAUUAUUAUUAUAUUUUCUUAACUUUAUUACCAUUAAAUCAACAAUUAAUAUGGUUAGAAAAGUAUCUUUACCAUAGGGACAAAAUCAAAGUCUUUACCAUAGACAUUUCUUAUAUACAUAUAUAUCUAUAUAAUACUAUUGUUAGAGCUGAUGGUGUGGCAAAUUACCAUGUUAGGAACUUCAUUUUCUUAAUUUUUUCCUAGUUUCUUGCUUAAUACUUUUGUUAAUUAGAUUAUUAGUUUUUUAAAAUAUUUGCCUAAAUUAGAUUUUCCUUUUUCCUACACACAAAACUUAAUUUUCAUAUAUCAUCUCUUCUCCUCCUUUAUUUUCGCCUCUUCAUAUUCUUUACUUCCUCUUCAUGUGAUUUCUUUUCUCCCUUCUCUUCCAUCUAUGUCUGCAUCAGGUAAAUAUAUUCCUCUCCCUUGAUAUUCUCUCUCUCCCCUCUUUCUAUAUGCCGCUCUCUUUCACACUUCUUUUCUUUAGGAUUGUUUUGGGAUUGUUUCUAAAGAUGAAUGGGAUUGUUUUGGAACUGUUUCCAAAAAUGAAAAAUGAAUCUUUUCUCCCCUCUUUAUAUCUUUCUCUCUCUCACACUGCCUUUUCUCUGAGAUUUGUUUCUCUAUUCUUCAUUUUCAGGUUUGAAGAUUUCUUUUUUCAUUUUCAUUUUCAGAUUUGUAGAUUUCUUAAUCAGAUUCGAAGGUAGUAGUUCAAGCGUUGGAUUAGCGAAGAUGUAUCAAUCCUAAUUGGAAUUUCUAGCUGUGUUGCUGGUACUGUUCAAGGGGAGAGAAUUCCCUUUGUGUUUUCCAUCUAUCUUUCUUAGUUAUUGAAAGCGUAGUUCUUUCAAAAAAAAGUUGGAGGAAAUUGGAAUUGGAAAUAAUGGUAGGAAAUUGAUUUGAAGGUUUGUGUUGAAAUUGUUUGAAAAUUGGGGUUCGAUGUCAAUGGGGAUUAUCAGGAAUGAUCGGUUUCGAAGAUUGGAAUUUAAAAGACGGUGAUUUUCAUAAUUUAAGAAGUUGAGAGAUUGGUGGGAGUUGAUUUUGUUUGAUGGGGAAUACAUGCGUAGGCCCAAAUCUUGGUUCUGGUGGUUUCUUGCAAUCUGUUACUGCCGCGGUUUGGCGAACCCGACCGCCGGAGGACAACCUUCAUCCUCCUCCUCUAACUAAUCAAGAAAGUGAAGCUAAGCCUGCCCAAAAUUCAGGUCUUGAUUCGGUUCGUGGUUCAUCUAAAGGAUCACAUGGGUCUAAAAAUGGUGAUCGUUCAAUGCCGGUUCAGAACACACCUCCUGAAACUGUGAAAAUUGCUAAUGAUCAACAAGAUCGCCCCCCUCAUCCUCAGCCAUCUCAGGCUCAUCCCCUGCCUUUACCUCAGCCUCAGCCUCAGCCUCAGCCUCAAUCACAACCUCAACCUCAACCUCAGGUUCAGCCUAAGGAGGUGGAAUCUAAUAAACCUGAUAAGGAAGGGGUAAAGGAGGAAGGUGCAAAGGCUGCAGAUACUUCAAAACCCAAGAAACCUUCUCAUAUUAAGAGGCUUUCGAGUGCAGGGCUUCAAGCAGAAUCAGUUUUAGGAAGAAAGACUGCAAAUAUAAAGGAUUUUUACAGUGUUGGAAGGAAGCUUGGACAAGGGCAGUUUGGGACAACGUUCCUUUGCUUGGAGAAGAUGACAUCUAAAGAAUUUGCUUGUAAAACAAUUGCGAAAAGGAAACUGACGACAGCUGAGGAUGUGGAGGAUGUUAGGAGGGAGAUUCAGAUAAUGCACCAUUUGGCUGGUCAUCCUCAUGUGAUACAGAUUGUUGGGGCUUAUGAGGAUGCUGUUGCUGUCCAUGUAGUUAUGGAGCUUUGUGCUGGUGGAGAGCUUUUCGAUAGGAUUAUACAAAGGGGGCACUAUACAGAGAGGAAAGCAGCAGAGCUAGCUAGGAUUAUAGUUGGUGUUGUUGAAGCAUGCCAUUCUCUUGGUGUUAUGCAUCGAGAUUUGAAGCCUGAGAACUUUUUAUUUGUUAACCAUGAAGAGGAUGCCCCACUUAAAACAAUUGAUUUUGGGCUUUCAAUGUUCUUUAAGCCAGGUGAAACGUUUACUGAUGUGGUUGGUAGUCCUUACUAUGUCGCCCCAGAAGUGUUACGGAAGCAUUAUGGUCCAGAAUGUGAUGUUUGGAGCGCUGGGGUGAUCAUUUAUAUUUUACUUAGUGGAGUGCCCCCAUUUUGGGAUGAAUCGGAGCAAGGAAUAUUUGAGCAGGUUUUAAAGGGAGAACUCGAUUUUAUCUCUGAACCAUGGCCUAGCAUAUCUGAAAGUGCAAAGGAUCUUGUUCGAAGAAUGCUUGUAAGGGACCCUAAGAAGCGACUUACGGCCCAUGAAGUUCUUAGCCAUCCUUGGGUUCAAGUUGGUGGCGUUGCUCCUGACAAACCUCUUGAUUCCGCUGUUUUAUCUCGCUUGAAACAAUUCUCUGCUAUGAACAAGCUGAAGAAAAUAGCCAUUAGGGUUAUUGCAGAAACCUUGUCUGAAGAGGAAAUUGCGGGUUUGAAGGAGAUGUUUAAGAUGAUAGAUGCCGAUAAUAGUGGACAGAUUACUCUUGAGGAACUAAAGAAUGGUUUGGAAAGGGUAGGUGCAAAUCUCAAGGAUUCCGAAAUAAGUGGACUAAUGCAAGCGGCAGACAUUAAUAAUAGUGGUACCAUAGACUAUGGUGAGUUUGUAGCAGCAAUGCUUCAUCUAAAUAAGAUUCAAAAGGAGGAUCACUUGUAUGCAGCCUUCUCUUAUUUUGACAAAGAUGGGAGUGGUUACAUAACUCCAGAUGAGCUCCAACAAGUCUGUGACAAGUUUGGAUUGGAAAAUGUUCAAUUAGAUGACAUAAUAAGUGAAGUCGACCAAGAUAAUGAUGGGCGUAUUGAUUACAAUGAGUUUGCGGCUAUGAUGCAAGAUGGUUUGGGGAAGGGAUUACAAAGCAACAUGAGCAUUGGAUUCAGGGAAAACUUGAAGCAUUAAUGGCUUCAACAAUUUGACCAUGGUACACAGUCAAAUAGUUCCUAUCUAACUAACAUUUGCUUUUUCAUAGCUUUAACAGAAAAGGUUUGUGAUGCAUAGUGUUGUAAAAAAUUAGCAGACUUCAGAAGGAGAGGAACAAAAGUUUUACUCUCCCAUCUAUACACUCUUUUGUUUUCUUCUUGUAUUUUUACCAUUUUUCUUCUAAGGACCCUAAUAUUGGAUUAGAAAGCUGUUUAUAAAUUACAAUUUUUCUUUUCUUUCCCACCAUAC